AUAUAAACCGGCCCGUCCGCCGGUUCACUGUCCCUCGUCUUUGCAGAGAGGGGCUGGCAGACUAGAGAAAAAAGCUUAAACCAAAAUCCCCAAUCUUUAUUUCACGUCGACUCAGAGAGAGACAGAGAGUGAGAGGGAGAGAGAAGGGGGAAGGCAGAGAAUCGUUUGGAGAAUUGAAGUUGAAUACGAAUCCGACAAUGGCGUCGUCCUCGAGUAGCGGGCUGACAUUCAAGCUGCACCCGCUUGUGAUAGUUAACAUAUCUGAUCACUACACGAGGGUCAAAUCACAGACGAACCCUCCGCUGCUCGCCUGCAACGCCACCGGCAGCAGCAACAGCGCCGACGGGGCUGCUGCAUCGGCGCCUCCAUCCCCGAGGGUGUACGGAUGCGUGAUUGGAGUGCAGAGGGGACGCACCGUCGAGAUCUUCAACAGCUUCGAGCUUCUCUACGAUCCUUCCACGCACUCCCUCGACCGCCCCUUCCUCGAGAAGAAGCAAGAGCUCUAUAAGAAGGUUUUUCCUCACUUCUACAUCCUAGGUUGGUACUCCACGGGUAGUGACGCCGAGGAAUCUGAUAUGCAUAUUCAUAAAGCUUUAAUGGAUAUUAAUGAAAGCCCUGUUUAUGUUCUUCUCAAUCCCUCAAUAAAUCAUGCACAAAAGGAUCUGCCAGUGACUAUAUAUGAAAGUGAGUUGCAUGUCAUUGAUGGGAUUCCACAACUUAUUUUUGUACGUUCAAGCUACACUAUUGAGACAGUGGAAGCAGAAAGGAUCUCAGUUGAUCAUGUUGCACAUCUUAAACCAUCUGACGGAGGUUCAGCAGCAACCCAGUUGGCUGCUCACCUUACAGGCAUUCACAGUGCCAUCAAGAUGCUGAACAGCAGAAUCAGGGUGCUUCAUCACUAUCUUCUUGCAAUGCAGAAAGGUGAAAUCCCCUGUGAGAAUGCGCUGCUAAGGCAAGUUUCAAGUCUUUUAAGAAGAUUGCCUGCCAUUGAAUCCGAAAAAUUUCAAGAUGAUUUCUUGAUGGAGUACAAUGAUACAUUAUUGAUCACCUACCUAGCUAUGUUCACGAACUGCUCAAGCACAAUGAAUGAGUUGGUCGACAAGUUCAACACUGCGUACGACAGGCAUAGCCGAAGGGGUGGUCGGACUGCUUUCAUAUGAAGUUGCAUGCUCUUAUGUGCGAUUUGCUGACUUGAUGACUUCUUGAGUGCCAUCGUUCUCAUUUUCAUGUGCAUAGCACAUAGAAGCUUAAGAUUAUAUUGCCAGGACCCAAACAAAAAUCAGAAAGAAAUAGGAAUGCACCAGUUUUUUUUCAUUAUUUUGGGUUUGCUUAUUAUACAAUUUGUUCUUUAUCAAAUCUUUCUUUGGGUUGAAAUACAUAGGGUGCAUUUCAUGAAAUAGGCGUGCAGUUUGUGUGCUCCCAAAAUUUGCAGAACAAGAGGGGUAUUCGAGCCCAAAUGGUUGGAUCAUAUUUAGCCUACCUUUUAUGUAAAUGUGUUUGGGAAAAAAAAAUGCAUUGUUAUAUUUUUCCCUUUUUUGUUUGGCUGGAAAGGCAUUGUUAUAUUAAUAAAAUAACUUGUGAAGAGUACGUUUCAUGAA